GCCACAGCAGCGCAACCAGACUAUUAUUACUACCGCUCCUUCAGUCCUUCCUUUGUCUUUAAUCAAAAUUCAAGCUUUUCAAUUUUCAAGGCACAAAAAGGGCGCGGGUCUAAUUCUCCUUUGCUUUUGCCAUAAUGGGGUGGUUCUCCACGGCGGCCGCCACCGUAACAACCACCCUCCUCUUCCUGUUGCUCUUCCUUUCCUCACUUGCCGACCCAGAUCACCAUAAUCCAUCUACACUCUCAGGUAUUGAUAUUGAAAAGCCGAUUCUGGAUAUCACCCCUGCCCCACUUUUGGGGCAUUCGGCUGCUCAUGGGGCUAAAGACACUUUUCGAUGCGAACGUGUUCAAGUUUCUGGUAUCUCAAGGUUGAAACUUGGUAGCUAUGCCAGUUCAUUCCAUGUUUCUGUGGCCCCCUCUGCUGCAAUCCCGGAGAGGUUACAUAGCAAAAUUCAGGUUUGUUUUCACAGGAAUAAUUCUCUUGGAUUGUGCCAGUGCCAAAAGGAUGAGUGGAAGAGGAUCCAAAAGGGGAUAUGGAAUUCUGUUAUGUCACCUUAUGACACCAAGUACAUUGAUGUGGGGAUUAAUGGUCAAGUUUCAGGUUCUGUUACAGUUGCUCUUGAAGAAGAUUUUCAGCAAUGGCGCCUCAUUUUUCUUGUGCUGGGGUUAGCGCUGCUGUGGUUGGCUCCAAUUAUUAGUAGCUGGGUUCCAUUUUAUUAUAGCACUUCAAUGGCUAUAGGGAUCUUUCUUGUCGUUAUAAUCAUUCUUUUCCAGGGCAUGAAAUUAUUGCCAACUGGAAGAAAAAAUAUCUUCUACCUUACCAUAUAUGGAUCUGUGCUUGGAGCUGGAUCAUUCCUUUUGCACCAGUUCUCUCUAUUUGUAAAUUCAAUACUUCAGAGUUUUGGGUUGAGUGAAGAUAUGCACAAUCCAGUUGCUGUUUUUGUACUACUGGGUAUCAUCUUGGCUGGAGCUGCUUUGGGCUACUGGAUUGUUCGGAGAUUUGUUAUUUCAAAAGAAGAUGGCACUGUGGAUGCUGGGGUUGCACAAUUUGUGAAAAUGGCAAUGUACAUCAUGGGAGUCACCUCCAUUUUUCAGAGCACUAUUGAUUUUCCUCUAGCAAUAGGAGCAUUGGUCUCUUGUGGUGCUGUUUGCAAGCUUUCUUCCUUGAUAAUGUGGGUUUAUGACUGGUAUGAAACGUCAAGGAAUGAUAGCUAUUCAAAGCAGUGGGUGAGAGAAAGACAUGGUCGUGCUGAAUUCCUUAGCAAGACGCCUCCCACUAAAGGGAAAGCUUGGAGAAACCCUAAGAGAUCUCCAUGGUCCGACUCUCCCGUGAGAGGUAUGUUUUAUGUUCAAACUUUUCUGAUGUGUGGUAUCAUUAUCACCGACGCCUAGUAUCACUCCACAUUCUUCUGGGUCGCGAGCUGGGCAGGAUUACUAUUCCACCUUUCACAAGACCCGCAACAGAAAGAAGUUCACAGAGGAUGAGUGGGAUGAGUUCACGCAAGAUUCCACUAGGCAAGCAAUAUCGGAGUUGGUAGCAUCGCCAGAAUUCACCGACUGGAUAAUUGACCAUGCAGACAGAAUCAAACUCCUUCCGACCGCAAGCUCAGACGAAGAAAUGGGAAGCGAGUCAGAUUCCACAGAAGUAGGAAGUGGAACUAGAUAUAGAAUCUUCAAUUGGUGGUGACUACGAGUAUGAAGAAGAAUGUACUAAUCAGCAUGCAGUUUUUUUUUUUCUUUUUUGUUAGAGCUAGUGAGCAGUGACAGUAGUGUAACUAGUUGGGUACUAUGUUUAUUGUAACGAGCAUGUAGAUAUAAUUUUGAUAGUUGCCUUAAUUUUCCAAAUUGUAACCCUGGGUAAUUUUACUGAAUCCAUUAUUGCAUGAUUACCAAUCUUUUGUUGCU